GUCAAUUGUCAGACAGUUAACCUUUAAAAAAUCAAAAUAAGAUUGGUGAUCGGUUGUGUAUAAAAAUUUCAUAAGCAAACAAUGUCAAUUCAGUUAAACAAAAAAACGACACAUCUUAAUGCUAAUAGCUGACAAAUAGAUCAUAUUAAAAAUCUGCACAAACUUGGAACAUCCAUGAAAGUGGUUUUAGAAAAAUCCAACAAUGAUAGAUUCUUCUUGAACAAACUUAAAAAGUCACUAAAAGUGGUGUUGAAAAGAAAAAAUAUAAUAGAAUUUAGAAGAAAGAAAGUUUUAUUAGAAAAAAUGGACUUAGAAAGUGCGGGGACUAGUAAUGGCAUAUCUCCGAGAAAGAAAUUUAAGCAUAAUAUUGAAAAAGAUUUAUCCAAACGUGAUUUAGCUAGUUUACCAAAAGCUGUAUUACAAAGGAUAUUUUAUUACUUAGAUGUGCAAUCAAUCCAGAAUUGUGCUAUUCUCUGCUCAACCUUUUACAAUUUAUCUAAAGAUAAUUCCUUAUACAGAACUUUGGUUUUGAAUUACAACACAGAUCCACAAGCUAUAAAGUAUCAAAUUUCAAAAGUAACCCAACCUCACACACUUGAAAUUGAAUAUAGCAGUCAGUUAAAUAAAGAGGAAGAUACUACUUGGUUUGAUAGCUGUAUUAUAAAGGUAUUAAGGAACUGUGGGGAUAGCAUUGUAACACUAAAAAUAGAAAAUUGCAGAAAUGAAGAGGUAUUAAUGCAUAUAGGAGAAUGUAUAAAUGUAGAAAGGUUAAUUUUAUAUAAGUGCAAAAGUAGCUUCAGUUCUUUGCUUUCAUUAUGUACAUUAACUAGUAUACAAUUUUCUUCCUGCCAUUUUCCACCAAAAGUUGUGAGGGAAGUGAUCAAAAAUAAUCUUGAUUUGAAACAUCUCCAUUUAUCGAACAAUAUAAAUGUAAAUCCCAAUGAGAUAUGUGAACUUAUGUCUAGAGAAAAUGUAAAUAUGAAGGAAAUAUAUUUGAGCGAGAGGAAAAUGUUGAAGACGAAGAGCCUUAGGACGUUAGCAAGACUGACUAAUUUAAGAAAACUCGAAAUGAUCUCCGGUCCAGGUUUCGAAUGUAAUCCAGAAGAUUCUUUGGAACUUCUAGCUGCCGGCUGUACAUAUCUAGAAAAAUUAUGUAUUCACAAUUGGAAGGAAAUAAACGAUACGAAUUUCAUCCCUGCCUUAAGAAUGUUCAGCCAGUUAAAGACAUUAGAAUUAAGAGGGACAAGUAUAACUAUAAAAAGUUGCAGAGAAGCUGCUCUUAGUUUGCCAUUAUUGGAAACUUUGGACGUUGUCAAAUGCCAAAGGAUAAAAAAAGCACAGUUAAUAUUGUUAAGGAAAGACUUUGAAGAUAUAGAAAUACCCUUAGGAUAAGAUUUUUGUACAAUAAAAUAAAAUUUUAGUUUUUUAA